AAAGAUAACUGAACAAUUAGAGACUAUAGUCGACUUUCAAGCAAGGCCAGAAGAUGUAUCCACAGAGACAUUUUGUAAUAUUGCAAAGCUUCUCUAUACCAAUAAAAUCAAGUUGUCAUAGAUACUUUUUUACUAUGCAUAAACAUAAAGAAGAGUCCUGUAGAAAGGUCGGCAUUUGUAAUUAUAAAAAGAACAGCACUUGGCACACAUAAACAAAAAUAAAAAUAAACAGUUCUUUCUUCUUGUCAAUCAUGAGUUACCCAUACUCUCUUCCAACCACUGGUUCUUUAUCUUUUGUAGACUUUUUCCAGACAGUAGAGCCAUACUCGCUUGAGAUAUCAGAUGCAACAGCUAGAAGAGGACAGCUUCGAAAUGUGUUGAAAGAAAUGAAGAAAGAGACACUGUCUUCUCGAGAUUACUCACUUUUGAUGAAUACUAUUGAAGAAUAUCUACCCUACCUGGUUAGUAUUGUAAACUGUAUCGAGACCGAAAAACUAGUAUUAAAAAAAGACAUUGAAACUUCUUGGCGAACGACCUUGAGCGAUCAUAUUAUCCAUACAGGAAGUAAUGCGCCUCGUGUGUCAUGCAAGGAUAUUCACUAUGAGCUUAUUUUUGUGCUGAUGACUUAUGCUUAUGCGUGUACUUUACAAACCAACUAUUUGCUUGCGGAAAACAACCCAGCAUUAUACAAUAAAGCAGCUGAUACAUUAAAUACAGCAGCUAGUGUCUUUCAUUUUAUAGCAAAUACGGUAAUACCCAGCUGGAGUAAUGCUCCAGAAAACAGGCCAAUCGAAACAGUUCGCGAAUUGGCUGUGGCACUUUCAAAAAUGGCGCUGGCUGAUGCACAGGCAAUAGCCAUCAAGAAGGCACUUGCUUCAAACAAUACAUCGAAAUCACUGAUAGCCAAGCUGUACAUGGGAGUAGCAGAUCAGUACCAGAUGGCACACGGAUUGAUCACGUCUAUUAAGGGAGCUCAAGACGAGGUAUCAAGUGAUCUGAUAAAGUAUUUAGCCGAUGGGAUAUUGUUCUAUAAAGCAAUGACAAAAAAGUUUUUGGCCAUGCAUGCUAACGAUAGCCAAAAAAUGGGUCAAGCUGUUGGAUUUGCUAAAGAGUGUAAAGCUGAUUUGCGCCUUUUACAGCACAUGAGUCUAUCUAAGAAGCACUUGAAGAAAUCUGCAAUUGCAUUGAGAGCGAGUCAUGAGGAAGAAGAAGUCAACGAACUGAUCAGUAGAUAUACAAUGAUCAAUGAUACAGUAUCAUAUGAACCCGUGCCUUCUAAACAGGAUUUACAACGCUUGAUACCAGGAGGUAGAGGUGUGCUUGAGUUAAAGCCCUAUAGCUUACCUAGCCCUGCCUUUGGACCAUCCGAGGAAUUUAAACCAGAAAUAUCAUACUUACUUGAAGGAAGAUAUUUUUAAUACUAUACAUAAAACACUAAUUGUCUAAAUCAAUAAGAUAUUCAUAUACAUUAAAUUAACUUAAAGUGGCAUAGAGAGGCAAUAUGACCUAUCAAUAUUAUCAUUACUACUAUUUGGUAUGUUGAGUUUCUUUGCAGCAAGCACCAGAUUGAAGAAGAAUGUCUCAUCCGAAUAGAUCCUUUAUACAUAUCUGAACCAAACGAAAUAAAAAAACAUUUGCUCUUCAGCGGUUGUGAUGGAAUAUAAACCUACUCUUCUCUUUGCUUAAAAAAGAGUCUAGA